AUGGAUCGAGUCGGUGAUGAAGGAGCGCAACGUCUUGCCGCAGCUCUCGAGCAAAAUCCAACAUUAAUUACACUGAACCUCAGUAGCAAUCAAAUUGGUUAUCAAGGAGCAAAACAUCUUGCCAAAGCUCUCCAACAAAACCAAACACUAACCUCACUGGACCUCAAAUAUAAUGCAAUCGGUGAUCAAGGAGCACAACAUUUUGCCCAAGCUCUCGAACAAAACCAAACACUAAUCAAAUUGAACCUUGGUAGUAAUCAAAUUAGUGAUCGAGGAGCACAACAUUUUGGCAAAGCUCUUGAACAAAACCAAACAUUAACCACACUGGACCUCAGUAUAAAUCGAAUCGGUUCUGAAGGGGCACAACAUCUUGGCAAAGCUCUAGAACAAAACCAAACACUAACCACACUGGAUCUCAGUGGUAAUGAAAUCAGCAAUCUAGGAGUACAACAUCUUGCCAAAUCUCUUGAACAAAACCAAACAUUAAUCACACUAAAUCUAAGAGGGAAUGCAGCCGUUUCUGAAGGAACGCAACAUCUUGUCCAUGUUCUACAAGACAAGCGAAUACAGUUUCAAUUUCUCUGA